AUGGAACGCUUCUGUGGAAGUCUUCAGCGUGGAAUCCGCAGCCGCCGAUGGCCAUGGGCUUCCUUGGACCGCUAUGUUCUUGAGCAGGCACAGCUCACACAGAUCAAAGCAGUUUAUAAUGUAUUCACAGAGCUUGCACUCGAAAAACCUACCGGAGAGAUUCUCGGCUCACUCUCCCAUCCAAAUUAUCCGUCUUGCGUGUUGCUACCGCCACGUUCGGGGUAUUUGAGGCCCGACGCUGUCCGGAAAAAGUCAAUAGUCACGGCGCUUGCAACCCGGUACAACUGCAAUGUUGCAUUGAUCAACAAGGUGUUGCCAGACACCCUGAUACGUGAAUGGGGUAAGGUUCGGCGUGUGGAUUCCGAGGCUGGUGAAACGAUUCAUGCGGCUUCAAUCUUGCUGCAGAACAGUCCCGAAGACUCACGAGAUGCGACCCAUGUCCGAUACGAAAUAUUGGUCGAUCAUAAUGCACGGAGCAAGAAGAAGGCAAUCGUCUUCGACCUGAAAACUUUCUAUGGUCAGCUCAUGCAUAUCUACACCGUCGAGUUCCCUAUGGCAGUGCCAAGCCUCCCAGUGGAUGCAUCGGAAACAGUCUUUCUGGCCGCAAUUCGUGCCUUCUCGACGCUCUAUGCUUUCCUCCGAAAUCUGAGUGACUCUCUAGGCACUAUAGUCAUGAAGACCGAACUUGCUCUUAUCUAUGAAAACGAAAGCCCGGAGCAGUAUCUCUCAGCGUCCUCGGACCACGAUGAAAAUGGCAAUCAAUACGAGGCCUUCGGUAGCCAACAAGACGAAAUCGUACGGACGUGGAGACGUCGAGAAAGUAGAAAACAUCAGGAGGCUGCCCUGGAAGCUCAAGACUCCCCUCGAUACGCUCACCGGAGCUCUGGGUCUGCGGCAAUCACUGCUAAUAAACAACUCUUCAAGGACGGCGGAGCCCUUGAUUCGCAAACUGAUUCGCAAGAGUUCAUAGACAGACUAAUGGGGGCACCGGCAUCGCAGCCCAAGACAAACACCGCUCGACGGCGGAGGAGUGUUGAUGUCAAGCCAGCACUAGUGAAAGCCGCCAUGGAUACAGAGUCCGAGAGAGAAGUAGAUGGCCCUACUACCAGUGUAGGGCCACCAGCUGCCGAAACCAGCGAACUCGAGGAGUUGAGAUCGGAGAAUGGUCGACUAUGGGCAGCGUUGGAUGAGAUGCAGAGUCAGCGUGACUGGUAUAAGGUGCGAUCGAAGGGAUGGCGAGAAAGGGCUCAACAAGCGCGAGCUUCUCUAAAUCUUGCCAAAAGCUGUAUUGUAGACGUUCUAGAUACCUUCGACAACACGCUGGGUUUGAACAUUCAACAGGCUGUCUAUGCAGUUAAGAAAUACACCUCUCAUCGCCGGAUACCCGCCACAGUGCUUGAGGAUCCUGAAAUUAUUCGGCGGGCGGAUGUGGCGAGCCUGGAUGAACACUUUGGGACUGAUGUCGUGGAGUUCACGGCGGCUGGAGUGACACUCACUGUUCACGCAUCCGGCGGCCCGCUCGGUGAUAUCGUCGUGCCAUUCGCAGGCCAGAUGACUGAUUACCAUGCCGGAACCCCAGAAACGUUCUCAGAAGCCAUCGACGCCUGUUUCCGGCUGUCUGCUGCGGAGGAUCUCGCUAUCCGCCGGCGCGCGCGGGACCCAGCUGUUCAGCACUUCAGCGAUGCGAUGUUCGAGGCGGGUGGGAGGGAACUGGCUGGUCGACGUUGCUUGGGCUGUAACUUACACUUGAAAAAAUUGUAA